UUCCCACGAGCUCGUGACCGUGCAACUCACUCACGAAUCACGACUCACUGGUCACGUCACUCGCAGUUCGCCCAGAGAACUUUUCCCAAUUUAUGAGAAAUCUACACAAACCCGAUCGCGAGAAAAACUAGGGUUUUGCAUUUCAGAAUCAUUCAUCUCCUCUCUCUACACGUUUCUGGGUUUCCUUUUUCAUUUUUCAGUCACUCACAUCUCUCUCAACUUUCAAUUGUAUUCAAUCGUUUCAAAUACCCCAACUCUGAUUUCUUUAGGUUAUAAUUCCUGUUUUUUUCCAUAUAUAAACCGGUCGAACCCUAAUUAUUCUAUAGAAACACUCUCUCUUUAUGUAUAUGUAUAUGUGUAUGUAUAUAUUUGAGAUUUUCGAGUCACUUUUGGAGGAAAAAUUUGUCAGAACAAUAAACCGUAGGGACGAUUCGUUCUCAGUGAGUUAUUGGAAUUCAUAAAGUGCUUUUUUUUUUUUAUGUUUUUUUUCUCACACAAACGCUAAAAUUCGUUUUCUUUGAUUCUGGUUAUUUAUAUUUAGUGAAAAAUUCUGGGAAAUUAUUUAUCAGAGCGAGAUAGGAUGUGAAAGAGUAGAAAUUGCUUGAGAAGUUCAUUGAAUAGUUAAGUUGGGGAUUUUGGAUGGAUCCGAAGCCUGUAGUGCUUGAUAUAAGCUCGGACGAAGAGGGUUGUGGUGGGGGCGGCGACGGCGGCGGCGACGACUAUGAUUGGAUAUCAGAGUUUCUUGAAGACGAUGAUGAUGUGGUAUUGGUGGGUGAGUUUAUGGCGAACCCUAAACAGAGAUUGAAGUCAACAGUUAAAGACUUGGAUGAUGACUGUGUGAUUUUGGAUGGUGACCCAGAUAAGCCGGUUGCAAUUGAGAAUGAUAAGGCGGGUGAGUCGGAUGAUUUGCUCAUCGUUGGCGAGAAGGGGCAGAUUGCAUGCAGAGAUUACCCUCAUCCUCGCCACCUCUGUGCUAAGUUUCCUUUUGCUUCCACUUCACAUGAGAAGCACUGUGACCUGUGCCAUUGUUAUGUUUGUGACGCACAUGCUCCAUGUGUACAUUGGGGCACUGGCACUUCCAGUAUGGACCAUUGUCAUGCCACUGAUAAAGAGGAGCUCUGGAAACUCAAGAGGAGAAGUUUGAAGAAUGGUGACAGAUCUCCUUUGCCAGUUUCUAAACUCCACAAUACUUGCCAGUCAGUUGGACUACCCCAGAUGAACCAUUUUUCACCACCCCAGACGAACCACGUUUCACCACUUCCACUGCCUCUUCUGGCCCAGAAUCAGGUUUCCACGUCAACCACUACUCGUUCUUGCUCUAGGUCAACCAAUUUUAGCAUUCCAAGUAUUAUCAAUCAAGGCAGAAGCCAACAGUCUCGAUAUGUUUUGCCCAGAGGCAAAUUUCAGCCACAUUUGGUGUCCCAACAGUUGCAUAGUACAAGUAAUAAUGUAUUUCGAAAGGACAGAAGUCAGAGUGUUGGUAAUUUGGCCCAUAAAUUAUUUUCUACCAAUUCGAUGCCCAAAAGGAUGGGACCUGUUAGGGUUCCCUUGACAACUAAUAAUUCUGGAUAUGGUUCAUCCAACAGUAAUUAUGGAUCUCAAUACUCCGGAAACCCCUCUCCAGUGGCAACUUCAAAUGAUAAAGAUCCCACUAGGUGGCAAGAUUUCUAUAGCGAGAUGACUUCAGGAUCAAACACAUAUUGGAGUUCCUCCCAGCAUAACACUAGCAGCAUCCUUGCAAAUCCAGUGCCUUCUCGACCCCCAGUUUCCUCCCAGCCAAAUAUGAGUAGUAUCUUUGUGAAUUCAGUGCUGCCUCAACCCCCAGUUUCCUCCCAGCCAAAUAUGGAUAACAUCUUUGUGAAUCCAUUGCCUCGUCAACCUGAUAUAUCCUCCCAACCCUGUAUGGGCAACAUUUUUGCAGAUUCAGUGCCUCCUCAACCCCAAGUAUCCUCCCAACCGAGCAUGGACAACAACAUUUUUGCAGAUUCAGUGCCGCCUCAACCCCAAGUACCCUCCCAACCGAGAAUGGAUGACAUUUUUGCAGAUACAGUGCCUCUUCAACCCCAAGUAUCCUCUGAACCGAGUAUGGACAACAUUUUUGCAGACUCAUUGCCUUCUCAACCCCAAGUAUCCUCCCAGCCAACUAUGAAAACCAUCUUUGCAAAUUCAGCACAAGUGUCUCAACCCCAAGUAUACAGUCAACCUAUUCCUGAUUCAAACGGUAACCUAGAUGGAUGCCAGCAAGGGAAUCAAACUCAAAGUGAUUUGGAUUCGAGUUUUUACUCAAGUUGGGUUACCCCUACCAGCCACAGCAACCAACAGCCUCCAGUAGAGAAUUCCCAACUUCCGAGUUCUGAAGCAAUGUACAAUCUGUCACUUGCCCCCGAGUUCGUUCCUAGUUUUACUGUAAGCCCAAUUGCUGACCCAUUAGACUUCCAACUCGACAGUUGGCUUCUGGAGAACCAAUCUGUUUCUGGGGUUCCAGAGGUUUCUACCCUUCCUGGAUUGAACAUGCUCUCGUCUGGACCUGCGCAUGCCAUAGAUACAGGUAACCUAUUUGAUUUUUGAACCUCUUGGAAAUAUUUAACAUGUGUGUAGCAAGCAGCAAUCCCUGUUCUUUUUACGUAGGAAAGAAUAGGACAAUUGUAUAGAUUUUGGAAUAUGCUACCAUGAGAGUGAGCUCUCUCAGUUAGAUGGUCUCUUUCUAUCCUGUUACUGGAAGGGAGAGCUCAUUGUGAGACGGUGAAAGUGAUAUGGUGGUAGCAUUUCCUUGCUAAAGUAUAUGAGGUGCUACUGCACAUGUUUUAAGGAUGCUGUACAGUCUAGUGGCAUUUCAUGUAACUUAUUAUCGAUGAAUCGGAAUGUUAUUUUCUUUUGAAUCAUCAUCCAUUUUGAAUACCUCUUAUCCAUUUAUUGAAAUUCUAUCGAUUUUUUCUCCUA